ACCUUAAAUUAUCUCUGUGGUUCUGUGGUGUUAGAUACUAUUUGGAUAUCGAGUCAAAUUUCUUUUAUAAAAGUAAAAUUAAUCGCAAAUUAAAUAUGGCACAAAUAUCAGCUACAGAACAAAAAGGUAUGCAACAAAUAGAUCUAACUACUUUAAAUAUUCAACAGUUAUCUACAUUAAAACAACAGUUGGAUCAGGAAUUGAAUCUAUUUCAAGAAUCACUUGCUUCUUUAAAAGUAGCUCAGAGUAAAUUUCAAAAUUCAGGGGAAACAUUGGAGAAGGUAACCCCAGAAACGGAGGGAAAGGAUAUUCUCGUGCCUUUGACUGGAUCUAUGUAUGUUCCUGGUAAAUUACAUGAUACCAAUAAAGUUAUUAUAGAUGUCGGGACUAGAUACUAUGUUGAAAAGGAUAUUGAUGCUGCCAAGGAUUAUUUUCAACGCAAAAUAAAAUUUGUAACUGAACAAAUGGAAAAAAUCCAGUAUCUUGGAUUAGAGAAAAGUAAAAUCAGAGAUGCUAUAGUAGAAAUUGCAGAAAUGAAAUUGGCCCAGCAGCAACAAAGUUGAGUAAAACAUUCUCGUUUUCAUUUUUUAUUCUGAUCUUUGAACUAAUUUAUUAUAGAAUGUAUGUUAUACUAUAAUCCCUGAAUAAAUACAUAAUAUUUAUAGCAAGUA